UCUCUCUCUCUCUUUCUCUCUCUGGUUUAUUGCCACUCUGACAUCAGGACUAUUGCAGUUGAAGGCUUUCGCUCCGAGAGGGAUAUAUCAUUGUCAGCUACUAUUUCCCAGAGGCUUUUUACACACCAUACCAAGAGAGCUGUGAGGAGAGAGAGAACCUCUCCCUUCACCCUGAGAGUCUGUCUGUCUGCAGAGCAUCUUUCAUGCGUCUCCUUGUGUCAGUCUCACAUCAACAUGAACUGUGAACAGGACUUUGGAGAGGGGGGCAUGAACGUCACCCUCACGCUACGGCUCCUCAUGCACGGAAAGGAAGUUGGCAGCAUCAUCGGAAAGAAAGGAGAGACGGUGAAGAAAAUACGAGAAGAGAGCAGCGCCCGUAUCAACAUCUCAGAGGGCUCGUGUCCAGAGAGGAUCAUCACUAUUACAGGACCUACUGACUGUGUCUUCAGAGCCUUCACUAUGAUCACUCUCAAACUGGAAGAGGACCUCACAACUCUGGUAGCCAAUGGCACGGUCACCAGCAAGCCCCCCGUCACCCUACGAUUGGUCAUUCCUGCCAGCCAAUGCGGUUCUCUCAUCGGGAAGGGCGGCUCCAAGAUCAAGGAGAUCAGAGAGACCACGGGGGCACAAGUACAGGUAGCAGGAGACCUCCUUCCCAACUCCACUGAGAGAGGAGUGACGAUAUCCGGGACCCAAGACGCCAUCAUCCAGUGUGUCAAGCUCAUCUGCACUGUCAUUCUCGAGUCACCUCCGAAGGGGGCCACUGUUCCAUAUCGACCCAGCCCCUCCCCAGGAACAGUCAUGAUCUCCGGGAACCAGGUGUUCGAGGCGUCUGAGUACGGGUCACACCCCCUCUUCCAAUUGGCCCAGGGAGGGCUGGAUCUACAACAAACGUACGCUGUACAGAACCAAUAUGGCAUUCCACAUUCAGAGUUGGCCAAGCUUCACCAGUUGUCUAUGCAGCAGCAAGGCCUGGCCGCCCAGAUGAACCAACAGCAGACCAACUCUGUCAUACCUGGAAUGGACUCCAAUUCACAGACCACAUCACAGGAGCUACUCAUUCCAAAUGAUCUCAUCGGCUCCAUCAUCGGGCGUCAGGGCACCAAGAUCAAUGAGAUCCGCCAGGUGUCAGGGGCUCAGAUAAAGAUCGGUAGCCAGCUGGACAGCACCAGUGAUAGAGCCGUCACCAUCACAGGGACACCCAUCUCUAUCAACCUGGCCCAAUACCUCAUCACCUCCUGUUUAGAGACCGCCAAAUCCACCGCCCAGUCUUCCUCCAUGUCGACCCCUGCUGACCUCACCAUGGCCUACAGCCAACCGCCCUCCCCAGCCCAGUCUUCAGCUGUGGCUGCUGCCACCCUGGCUGCCAUGGGCUGCCCUGGCAUGUCCCACCCCCACCCCCACGCUGCAGUCCCCAUGAUGGGCACCCACCCCUAUGGGGCCCUCCCCCUCUCCAGCCUCCUUGGAAUGCAAUCCAUGAAAUCCAUCCAAUCUGUACCCUUCCUGGCUUUAUCCAACCCUGCCGCCAAUGCAGCCGCCGCCGCUGGGGCCCAUGCCCAGGCCCAGAUCUCCUACACAGCGAAGAUCUCCUCGGCCAACGGGAUCGGGAAGAAACCGGAGAGACAGAAGUUUGCGCCAUACUGAUGACGUCCGUCUCCAUCCCGCCAUCACUCCAUCCUUCUCUCCAGCUCUCACUUCUGUCCCUGAGACAAGACAGAAAGCGGGGAAGAAUGGAAGGAAGGUCUGUUUUUGUUGUUGUUGUUAUAUUCCUCCAUUCUCUUCUCUCUCCUAGUUGUGUAGUACAUUCUAGAGACUUUAGCCCUUACCUUCAAUACACUAAGAGGAACUUUGGAUUAGUUCGUAUAGAAAGCUAUAUUUAUGUUGUCAGGCCAAGGAAGCCUAUCAAGCCAUAGUCUGUAUCUCAAAUGGAACCCAUCUCAAAUGGAACCCAUCUCAAAUGGAACCCAUCUCAGAUGGAACCCAUCUCAGAUGGAACCCAUCUCAGAUGGAACCCAUCUCAAAUGGAACCCAUCUCAAAUGGAACCCGUCUCAGAUGGAACCCGUCUCAGAUGGAAACCGUCUCAAAUGGAACCCAUCUCAAAUGGAACCCGUCUCAGAUGGAACCCGUCUCAGAUGGAAACCGUCUCAAAUGGAACCCAUCUCAAAUGGAACCCAUCUCAGAUGGAACCCAUCUCAAAUGGAACCCAUCUCAAAUGGAACCCAUCUCAAAUGGAACCCAUCUCAGAUGGAACCCAUCUCAGAUGGAACCCAUCUCACCUGUAUAGUGCAGUUCUGUUGACCAGAACUAAUGGUGCUCCAGGGUUCUAGGCCCCACCAGGGUUCUGAUCAAAAGUAGUGUAUUGUAUAUGGGAAAGGGUUCUGUUUGAGAUGCAGCCACAGACUAUUAUUUCCUUCACUUUUAUCCUCCUCUCACCGUCCUUUCAUUCUACUCUACUGCUUUUAUUUAUUAUUGACUUCUACUGAAAUAUUCCCGCAACGAGUUUAUACAUUUAAACACUGGUGACUGAUGCUCGACUGUAUGUUCCUGUAUCAGCUUUUAUACAAUGAUGUGUGUUCCUUCCUUUAUACAACUCCAAGUUUUUUUUUGUAUUUGAAGAACGAUGUUAAAAAAAAAAAAAAAAAAAAAAACGUUUUUAAAAAUGACUUCAGACCUCUCUUUUAGUGUUAUUUUUGUCAUGUUUUUUGUCACAUUUUGUUAGAAAUGUGUUGUUUAAUUUAUUUUAUUUAUUAUGAUGAGUAUUACUUUUACAAUAAAAUGUUAGUUUUUUUAGGAGGAAAAUGGCUCCAGGUACUACUACCAAAACUACUAAUACUUCUCUUCCUUCCUGUCUCUUUUGACUAAAGAAGGCCUUUCUUCCUGUCUGUCUCCUACUAAAGCAAAGUUUUUUUUUAGCAACGUUAGGUUUCUGUUGAAUAGAGAGAAAGUGUUUUUCCACAUCUUAUAUGUCAAUAUAAUGAAUAAUUUAACACGCUAAAAGCAGGGUACAUGUAUUUCCAACUGUCCUACUGGGAUUUAUACACCUAAAGCCCUCUUGGGAUGAGUGAUGAGGGAUGAGGAUGUUUUUCUCACCCCGGCUGUCAAACUAAUAUGGCACUUACUAGCUAUUCUUGACUAAUUCUGCAUGUUAGCUCGGCCACACACACACACACACACAAGCGCGCGCACACACACACACACAGACACACACACACACAGGUUAAAACACACAUUGGGCUGGGUCUUUGUGUUGACAGACUCUAUAGACCUAAAUAACCACAAGCAGUAUGAAAGACAAGCAAUACUGAAGUGAAGGAGUGCAUCUGCUGUAGCCUACAGACCAAUAGAGACAGACAGGACAACAUAUAUACUACUACUACUACUACUACUACCACUGUAAUACAUUAUAACUCUAUCUUACUGGGGUAUUAUUGCAUUAGAGACGUUUUGUGUUGAGUUUUUAUAAAUAUGCCGUAAAAUAUGAACUCACUUAUUUUUAUAAAAACACCGAAACGAUGUAAGUUGUAGGGUAUUUACUGCGUUCACUUACUAGUAAAUCGCUCAUUCAUAGUCUGUCUGAAAAGCUGCCUUCUUCCCUGUACUGUGCACUACUUUUCACUACACUCGCUUGACAUAUAGUGCACUGUGUUGGCAAGGGUGCCUUUUUCGGGAUGCAGACACCCCACUGAACGUUGUGGUCAAAACCUCCGUCCACCGUGUGUGUUUUCUGUUCUCUGUAGCCCAUUUGCAUGAGUUCAAUUUGAAUUGAUGUCUAUGCAAAACAUCUCUUGAUGGUUCAGCAAAAUAUAUGUGUUGUUCUGCGUAGCUCGUAGUAUCACUGAGACAAUAGUGACUGAUAGGAACGUUUUGGAGAGGAUACAGGGGGAUUAGCUCGGGACGCAACAAUCUGGUAACUCCACCCGUUGGUUUUCUAGAAAUUCCGUUUUGAAGAUUCCCAGAAUCAGAAGGAAAUCAUCAGGAAAUCAUCAGGAAACCUCCAACCAGGAUUUCUGGAAAACCUGGGAAUUUUGGAGAAAGUUACAAGAAUUUUGCGACCCUAGGAUCAGCAAUGCGGCAUUUGUUUUGGCUCGGGGUUUUUUUAACCAUAAGGAUGACUAUAUAAAAGCAAUGCUCUCAUUCCAACUCUUUCUAAUGCGGAAGACACAUUUCAGUUGAAGGCAUUCAGUUGUACAACUGACUAGGUACCCCCCCUUUCCCUUCCCUUUAAUACACAAUAUGCACAUGACCAUAACCCAAUCAAAAGGACACGAAACAAUACAAUAUUGCACUUAAACAAGAGCGUUUCUGUUGUCGUGGCAGAAUAGAUAGCAACAUAUUCUAUUCAUUAGACACCGUCACACUUCUUGCAAUGUCUUUUUUUUUUUUUUUUGCUUAAAUCCUCACAGGAAAAGUUCUGUUGUUUGAAUCCACGUGCAGUUUUCCUCUGUUGUUUCUUUCUAUACAUCUAAUAAACAAAACCAUAUGCAUCUA